GUGAUUGACUACAAUAAUUCAAGGUGGUUUUGUUACAAAAUACAAUAGUUUCACGCUUGCUCAUCCUCUACUUUUCGGUUAAAUUUGUUGUUGCCAAGUGAGGAUGGACAGAGGGUCGCCAUACUCAAGAGCUCGUUCCUCCAAGUACAAGGACCCAGAGAUAUCAUCCGGUGAAGAAGAGGAAGACUUAGAUUUAGAUCUGACCCUGAACAUAGAAGAUGACUACAAAGACGAGGUUAAACCCAUGCCCGGCUCACCUCCAACAGAUGUGGUAGACUCACCUGAUGAAGACGAGAAGAGGGCUUGGCACAAUGAGGAGAGGAGAAGAAAGAUAGAAGAGAAAAUAAAGGAGGCAUUGGAGAGGCGGAAGAAGAGGAAGCAGGAGCAAGAGAGAAAGAAAGAGGAUGAAAAAAGGGUACAAAAGCGCAUCGCAGUGGCUGACAGUAUUGCAAUGGCGCUGCAUUGAUUAGCGAUUUCACCUAGUAUUUGAACAUGAGGUUGAGGUCGAGUCAGAAAUAUGGUUUCGAUGGAGUCCUAGCUAGUUCGAGUAUGUUUGGUCGCAAUGUAGAGUCUAUAUUUGCCAGUCAUUGUAAUAUGAUACAUCAAUAAAUGAAAUAAAAAUAACCGAUGAAGCCCUUCGGGCCGAGGCAAAAAACAAA